UAUCUUGAUUUCUCCUCUGUGAGCAGGACUGAUUAAACUCCACCUAAAAAAACACACGCACAUCUUAGCGGUCAGUACCUGGUGGCAAACAAACACUUGCAACCAACAGGAAAGCAUGUCAGGCAACCAUCCUGCUGCUCUGUGAUUAUUACGACAAACAAACAAACAAACAACUGCUUAAAAGGGAUCAUUGUCAAUCUAUCGGUACCUACUUGUAAAAUAUUUGCUCAAGAGGAUUGUGAUCUGCUGUAUGUUGUGGUUUCUUACAGCAACACAGUGUUGAAAAAGGGGUCAUGUAUUGCAUAUGUAUAUAGUAUUAGACCUCUCUCCCUUUUUCCUUUUGUCAUACUGACUAUAACAUGGAAAGGGUAACUCACAAUGUUUAAUAUACUUUGGUUUGGUGCAUUUUAGAAGAACCACAUAUAUUUUGUUGAAUGUGUCACAAUAAGACAGUAUAUCAUUUCAAUAUAUAUUUUACAAAUCAUCUGAACAAGUUGACAUUCCACUAAACUGAGCUGUUUACAUUUGUCAGCUUUCAUUCUGACAUUAAACAUGGCAAAAGAACACACGAGUGCAUCCAGACCAGAGGACAUACAGGUUUGGAGCACAUUUAAAGAAUAAUUAGUAAAUGAAGUGUAUGCUUCUGUAAGGAUUUUCCUUUGAUCCUUCACAUUUUCAUUGUGCAUUCUCUUGAUACAUAGAGUUGUUAGAUAAAACAUUGACAACAGUUGCAAAUAAAUAGAAAAACAUGAAAUGUUAAGGGUAGUGGAUUAGAUAUACCGUUAAAAAUCACUUAAAGAAGUAUAGAAAAAAGAGUUAUAGAAAAAAAUGUCCCAAUCCUUGUCUUAAAAUUUUCAAAACGCUGUCAAAAGAGUUUCAAUAAAUUCUCAGACGGUUCCAUUAUAGGCAUUUGCAGCACUCUGACCUCGUGCAAAGAAUGUGCUUGUAAUAGGAGGACGGUGAAGUUUAUUUUUACUUUAAAUAAAACUCCAAGUUUGAUUGAAAACUACCAAUAACAUUAUCUGGCUUUUAUUUAUUUAAAAAAAAAUAAGUUUCUUUAAAACUGAAGCGUGGGACUCACACAAGGCCGAUGGAGCCGAGUGCCGCCAGAGAGGGCUCUCUGUAUUUCACAUUAUACCGGAGAUGUGGUGUCUGCGGUGACAUUCCCUCACUGCAUGUAUACCUGCAGGUGAGCAGGUGCUCUCCUCAAGUCUCCCCAUGAAUUAAAAAAACGAAUACUUUUUAAUCCUUGAAUGCAGUUUUAUUUAUUGGUCUGGAGCAUCCACUCCAGAAACCUUUCUGGGAUGUUUCUUAGGAUUUUCCUCCGUACUGUCCGCCAUCCUCCUAGCUGCCAUUCUCCCACAUUAUCUUUACUCUCACUAUCGGAGGGGGGGACAAAACUUCUGCAUUCCAGUUUUAAACUGACCUCAUACUUAAUUCUAGUGUUUAGCAGAACAGUAAUUUCAGAUAAAAAAAUAAAAGUCCAGCAGUAUAAUAUGUUACUAUAUUAUAGAGAAUAAUGAUGGAAAACACUUAUAACCCAUCUCUCAACAACUGUAAUAGCAUUGGACAUCUGACGGUAUUUGUUCAUACAUUUGGAUUGUUAUUGUAUGUUUUGGGUUUGUGACACUACCUCCAUACUGUGUAUGUGCCUCUUUUUCUUUCUGACUGUGAAACUAAUGGGUCGCCACACAAUCCAGAAUGUGCACAGCAGUUUAACUCCUUUUUACCAUCUGCAACGUAACCAGACUUUUCCCCACUCUUCAUCUAGUUCAUUGUAACUAUUUGAAUGCUUUUGAAAUUACAGUGUAUGUCAGCAUGCUGGAGCAACGUUUUUUUUGACAAACAAAAUAACCUGUGUUAUUUUUCCUUCUAAAAAAAUCUGAAUACAUUUUUACUGCUCAGCUCUUAUUGCUCAUUCGCUGUCUCAUUUUUAUAUUCCAGGAAGUUCCCUCUGAAGCAGGGAGUGUCUGCAUAUAAAAUGGUCUGCAGUUCUCUGCUUCAUAGAUGCCAUGUCCUCCUCUAUGACCAUGGAAGGCCCCCGCAGUGCUUUUCCAAGCUCGUCCAGCCCCACCAUGCAUUCCAGUGCUUCAGCCAGUGACCAGAAAUCAGUCCACGGCAGCAUUGUUGACCCGGAGGACGCCAGGAGCAGCCGAGUGGUUCCAGAGGUUGUUGGAGCAGAAAGUGGCAAUGGUAACGGCAGGAGUAGCGGUGAGCUAGCAGGAGUAAGAGGCGUAACAUCCCAGGAGGCACAGCCACAUCAUCAGAUGACCCCAUCGAAGCGCCGGACUGUACUAAACAUCUCUCCACCUCCACAAGACUUGUUGGAUAACAGCCAGAUGUCUUGCCAGGAUGAAACAUCCCUGGACUCGGAGCAGAGUAACAGCAUCUGGAUGGAAGACUCUCUCUCCAACUUCAGCAUCAUGAGCUCCGUCUCUUACAAUGACAACACAGAGGUGCCACGAAAGUCCCGAAAACGUACACCUCGGCAGAGGCCUGGCCCUAAAUCUGCAGGACGCGGGGAAGCCAGCAUGGACAUGUUUGAUGCGGACAGUGCCAAAGGUCCACACUUUGUCCUGUCACAGCUCGGCCUCGACAACAAGACUGGAUCCAAAGGAAGCAGCUCUAAUGAUCCUCAGACAACGAGCCACAAAGGAGGAAUUCUUUCAACGCAAUACCCACAGAAGAGUGAGGGGAAGGAGGUGAAGAUCCUCGUCCAGCCUGAAACUCAGCACCGAGCCCGCUAUCUGACUGAAGGCAGCAGAGGGUCAGUGAAGGACCGCACCCAGCAGGGCUUUCCCACUGUAAAGCUGGAGGGAGUGAAUGAGCCAGUGGUCCUGCAGGUGUUUGUGGGUAACGACAGUGGGCGUGUCAAGCCUCAUGGUUUUUAUCAAGCUUGCAGGGUGACUGGCCGCAACACCACCGCCUGCAAAGAAGUGGACAUUGAUGGCACAACUGUUAUCCAGGUGUCCCUUGAUCUGAGCACCAACAUGGCACUAGCGGUGGACUGUGUUGGGAUCUUGAAGCUCCGUAAUGCCGAUGUCGAGGCUCGUAUCGGCGUGGCAGGAUCGAAGAAGAAGAGCACACGCGCUCGACUGGUGUUUCGGGUCAACAUCCCCCGUCCAGAUGGAUCAGUGCUCACACUACAGAUUCCCUCUUCCCCAAUCUUGUGCACUCAACCUGCAGGAGUGCCUGAAAUCCUGAAGAAGUCACUACACGGUUGUUCAGUGAGAGGUGGAGAAGAGGUCUUCAUCAUCGGCAAAAACUUUCUGAAAGACACCAAAGUCAUAUUUCAGGAGAAUGUCACUGAUGAUAAAUCGUGGAAGGCAGAGGCUGAAAUUGACAUGGAUUUGUUUCACCAGAAUCACGUGAUCGUAAAGGUUCCUGCGUACCAGAACCAAGCCAUCACCUCUUCAGUGUGUGUGGGAAUCUAUGUGAUAACGAACGCUGGGAGAUCCCAUGAUGUUCAGCCCUUUACCUACACUCCACAUUCAGCAAAAGAUGAUGUUCCCGUGAAGAAAGAGGCGUCCUCUCCGGUGAAGAUUUGUCCAUUUGAUGAACAAAUUAAAGUUCUAGAUGGUGCCUUGAUGCCUUCGAUAUCGCCGUUAGUGAAGAGAGAAGAUGUAACUCCGAUGGAGGUCACCAGCAACCGCCAAUCUUCUGGUGUAUUUAAGACUGGUGACUUGUGUACAGUCCAGCAGAACCCAGACAUGACUGCAGGCCAUCUUAAUAAAAACAGAUCAUUCUCCAACAACCUGUCUCCGCCUGUGGGCGAAGCUGACAAGGGCCAGGCUCCUGUUUUCCCCAACACAGAGCCCUUAGGCACUAUUCAGAAGCAGGACAUUGCAGCCACCAGCUCCUUUUCUGUGCCUGCCGAGUCAGUGCUCCAGCAGGGAUCACAGCAGUUCCUCCUGGAGCCCAGAGAGGGCCUCGGGCAGGAGAGGUCCGGCAGCGGCUCUGGAGCCGUGGGGAGGCUGUGUGGAGAACCCGCACCUCAACAGCAACAACUGCCUCUUUUCCCCCCAGACGAAGUAGCCCAAUUGGAGGAGGCAGUGAGGCAGCUUAAAGCCAAAGGGUACUGCAGCUUACCACUUCAGACGGACAACUCGAUGGCCAAACAGCAGCAGCAACACAUACAGCACCAACAACACAUCCAAAAACAGCAAAUUCAGCAACAACAACAACAGCAACAGCAGCUUCAACAGCAGCAGGUUUUGGAGAAUUUACAGCAGCAGCUUUUUCAGUCACAGAUUCAAAUGCAGUGUGGCAUGUUUCAGGAUGCCCCUCAGGCCAAGAAUGCAGAGCAGCAGGGCUCAGCACAGGGGCCACUGGUGCCAAACCAGGGGACUCUUUUCCAGCAGCAGCAGCAGCAGCAACAACAAGCAGCUCUCUUUCAGCAGGCGAAUGACCUGCUCUCAAUUCAGACCAACUUCCUCCAGCAGACACCAUCACACCCAUCACCACCCAUGUUCCACAAUCCCAGUUCUUUGGCUGAAGCACAAGAUCCACAGGGAACGCUGUUCCAGAAAGCGUCUCAGGAGCAGGUCCAGGCCGCUCUCUUCCAAAACACCAUGACAGUACUACAGUCUCCGGACCAACAGCCUUCAACCCCUGGACUUUUCCUCCCUCCGACAUCCCUGUCCUCUCAGCUUGCAACUAGUAGUGCUCAACAACAACAACAACAGCAGCAGCAGCAGCUGGCCUUCCUCAGUGCUUUACAAACGCCUGCCCCUAAACCACAAUCAUUAUUUCAAGCUCAAACCCAGCUCGCUCCCAUCCAACAGAGAAGCCCCAUGGAGCAGCAGCAGCCCUCUCAGCCUCAGCCCCACACGCAGCCAGCCCAGCAGUCUUCCCUGUUUCAGAACAUCUCCCCACAUCUGUCUGCAAACACACUUCCUCCAGUCCAGCAGCAGCAAACGCAGUCCGGCCUACUGUUCUGCAACAACCCCCUGUCUACUCCGGAUCAGGGCUCCAGCCUCCUGUUCAGCAGCCAGGGUCAGAUGCCACCGCUGACCAGCAGCAGUUUAGUUUCCCAAGAGCCUCCAAACCCCUCUCUGCUCUUUUCCCAAGCCAGCAUGGUGACAGUAAACCUGCAGGAUCGCUCUGAGCCCAUGGCCUUAGGGAACCCCAACGAUCCACGACAGCAAGUCAUAUUUCAGGAGCAACAGCCGAUGCAGCUGGGCAGCAGCUCAAACAACCAGCAGGAGCAGCCUGUGGGUCUCUUUAUGCCUCAGUCUAACAUGGCCUCUCUGCAGGGGGCACUGGCUACUCAGGAGCUCGCACAGUCAGCCAUGUUUGCCUCACAGAACGGCGUGGCCAACAUCCAAACGACCACCUCCUCCCCUGUUCAACAGCCAGGGAAUCCGUUUCAGACUGCUGACAGUGGGAGCAUCAAUCAGCCCAGCCAGCCUCAACAACCUGGCCUCUUCCUUUUCGGCAUUCAGAACGAAUGUGACCAGCUGAUGAAUACUCCUGGAACCACGCUGUCGGAUCAGAUCAUAGCCAUCAGCCAGUCGGGUCAGAACCAAAGAGAGAGUGACGCGCACAUCCAGUCUCUGCUCAACCAGUCCCUGUCUCAGUCUGGGCCCGUGCAGAACAGCAUGAAUGUCUCUCAGAACAUGGAGAAGAUGGAUGACCUGCUGGUCAGCCUGCAGGAGUCCGGCAGCAACUUAACCCGCUCAUACUAACUUCCUCAUUUAAUUUUUAGAUGUAGACAAAUUAUAAAAUGUUAAAGAAAUCGACAAAACACAACUAAAUGCAGUAAAAUAGUUAUGAAUUACCCCUGCAUCAUGAAAUUUGAGACCUAAAUCUGAACUUGUAGUAUUUUAUUUUUUUUCAUCACACAUUAUCCGAUUUACUUCAGGACUGAAGAUAUAUCAGUGAGAGCAGUGGCGAUGCUGCUUUGUGCAGUAUUAGAUGGACUCCAGGCGAGAACAGACACAUUGUCAUUACUUGGAGAAAAACACAAUUUGGUGCUUUUUUUUCUUCAACUUUUCCUCCAGACGGUCAGUAACUUAGUGGUCGUUUUAUUCAUCUAACUUGUAAAGUUUAGUGUGUAUCUGUAGAUAGAUUGUCGGUGAUGUCAUCUGCAGCGUCUUCUGGGUCUUGUGCUGUUUUCUAAAGUCUCCAGAGUGUCUUGUGGUUUCCAUGAAUGGAGUUCCCUUUUGAUAAUUGUUUUGUAUUGUUGUUGCACAGACGGGGGAGUGUGCGGUGUAGCAGCGGGGUUUAGACAGAUUGUGGCAUGUGUGGUUGAAUACAUCGAUGAUGUAGAAAGUAGUCGACGUGGGUUGAAAUUAUUUUCACCCGGCAGUGCAGAAAGUUUGUUGAAAGAAGAUUUGAGGUGAGACAGAGAAUUGAGAGGUAGGAGAAAGUGGAAGAGUGUUCUACACUUAUCGGAUGUGUAGUCCUCUUAUGUGUCGGUGCUGAUUGUUUAAAUGUUGUAGCAGCUGGCUUGCACUUGAUAAUAUGAAUACAUCCAGUCACGCAAAGUGACAUUGGUUUUCAUUAAUCAUGUAGAAAGAAGCUGUGUUCAGCAGGUGUGUGACUAAAGUAGCAUUGUGUUGCUGUCUAUAAGAAGAUGCAUUAGAUCUAGUCUUGUCUCUGCCGGUUUGGUGCUGUGAUAACUGGAAAUAAUAUUUGAAGUUCAGCUGUCAGUGUGGCUCUGCAGUGAAGGUCACCUCCAGCUGUGAAACAUCUUUCAGUAUGACAUACUUUACCAUCUCUAUAGCACUUUGUGAUGGAGAUGAGCGUUUUCAGGCUAACAUUUAGUCUAUUCAUUGAAACCAAACUGUGUUUCAGUUUGCUGCUUUUUAGAGCAUAUUCUCCUUUUAAUACAUUACAAAGAGAGGGAUCUUUUAAGAACAUGUGGUGGUAGAAAUAUGACACAGAAAUAGAAACAAAAAUAACCAAAUAUUGGCUGAGACUUUUCUUUUGACAUGUACGUUCAGUUCUUUGUGACCGCGUUACUCAGCGAGGGUACGGUACAGUCCCACAGUGGUGGUGUGGGCGUUGUUGUCAGCUGCCUCUUCCUCGUAGUUUACAAUGAAGAAGUUACAUUUUGAAACAUGCUGUUACAACUUUUAACUAUUCAUUCCCAAAACAUAUACAUUAUUUAUUCAUCAAAACCAGUAAAAAAUGCAUAUCGAGACAAUUUAUUAUUAUUCAAAUAAUCUCAUCUCUGUUGACAUAUAACUCAAACACAUCUAUGGUAGAGAGAGUAGAAUGUAAUAUUGUAUAUCAUUAUUAAUAUUAUGUACUUUCGUAUCAUUUUAUUGGCAUCAUUCUGCGUCAGGCACGCAUGAACUGGAAUAGUAUUCUUAAACCAGCGAGAAAAAGAGCCUUUUUUUUUACCAGUUUUAUGAAUGUGAUGUGGUUACGGUGUUAACAUGCAGGAACAGAGCCCGUUUGACUUGUUUCUUGUAAAUGCAGUCGUCGAGUCGGCCAAUGGCCUCAGGACCAAAGUUUGACUGGAAUCUUGCUUUGCAUAAAUCCUGAUGACAGGCCAGUUUUAUGGCUGGUGAGCUUUUAUUUUAAACAUAGACAUAGAUGCUUUCCUUAUUAGGCACGAUGUCCUGCUGCCACACUUCUUAGCGUUUGUUUGUUGUGUUGUUUUGGUAAAAUAACAAACACAUGUUUGUGUUUCACUGUAAAUGUGUGCGUGAGCGAGGGGCUGGUCUCUGAUGAUGACAGAAUUUGCUCAGUUUUACGCCUCAGCCGUUGCCUUGUUUUCUACGUAGAGAUUGGUAGAAAACACAUACACACGUUACAUUUUAUACACUUUAAAGUGAGAAACCGCUGUUUUAUGAUGGAGAUUAUGUAAAUUUGACUAAUGUGAGUUUGAAUGGUAGUGAGUGGUUUUUAAAGGGACCCUACUCCUGAAGGAAACCCGAUGUUGGAGAAAAGAGCCAUCUGUGAUCGGCUUUCCUCAAUUUGUGAAAUAGAAGAGCUAAGAUCUUCCAGUGUUGAGUAUUUAUGAUUUUAUUUCUUUUUGAUUGUUUUACAAAGUUUAGAUCCUUUUUAUUUCUUAUUUUAAUCUAUGUAGUACCAGUCCCUCUCUUCGGAGAAGCAUAUCUAAUUUAUUUGUGUGUUGUUUAUUAUCUGAAUUGUUUUCCUUAAUCAGUUGUGUUCAGAUAUUUUCUGUAUCGAUAACAGCAAAGUCACUUGGCCCCCCACAACAGCUGAUCACUGGCACCUUGGGAAGAUGGCAGAGAUGUCUUUAAAAGAGAUUGUAGAAUAUGAAUAACAUGUACAUUCCUGUCCACAGUUAUCUUUCGGGGGGAUUUUGUCAUCAUACACACCUAAUUGUACUCAUCAGGUGAAUGUUGAAGGCUUGUGAUUGGACCAGGGCCUUGUAGUCCCUCUUGACCCUCUUUAACAGGUUUUAAUCCCUCGAAAUAGUACCGACAAAUUUCAGUAUUUUUACUAUGAAUAUAGAACUGAAUGUGAUUGGGCAGCCUGUCUGUAGAUGUCUCACUAAGAAUAUUCUUUUAUACACAUAGUGUGGAGGUAAUUACUUUUUGAAAUUACAGUUUCCUCAUUUGUGUAUUUACAAAGUAACUGGAGAUCAGACAUAUAUUAAAGAGUGACUCUUUAUACAGUCACUACUCACUCUGAAAACAGUGGGAUUGUUGAUAAAAUGUCUCAUAUUUCCUGAAGAUGGUACAAACUAACUCUCUGUUUCUUGCAAUUGAACAAGUGUUUGUUUUUUAACAUUACCCGUUCAUUUAAUUUGAUCCGCCAUCAGAGAAAAUGUCCCUUUAGACACAAGUAGAUAUCGUACAUAUGCCUUGAGGAGGUGAUGUCGUAGCAACCAGAUGUUUUGCCUGUUUAACUCCUUGCUGGUUCUGCCAAUGAUAAUUAACAAGAAUGUUUUAAGCCAUAAGACUUUAAAUGUACUUUAAAUGCUCAACAGUGACCAGAUAACAGUUUUUCUGGUUGAUAUGAAUGUGUAGUACAAUUUCCGUUAUGCAUCUAACUUGUUUGUACUGAAGUAUCCAUUGCAUUUAUGUUAUACAACGUAGAUGCAGACACAUUUCCCCUGAAACUGCUAUGCAGCUAAUAUACUGUAAAUGUAGAUCUGUUAGUUUUUGAAUAUAUAUUUUUCUAAAUAGCCUCUUCUGUUUUCAGCAUAGAGGAGAAACCAAAGUAGAUGUUCUUUCUAUUAUUUAUGUUGCUUGUUGAAAAUUUCUUUUCUUUGAUUGUUGCCUGAAACAAAUCUUUUUUUUAAAUACUUUAGUCAGUUAAAAUGCAAAUGUACUUCUCAACAACCAUCUCGGUCAUGUUUGUGUGUGUGUGUGAAACGAGGGUCGCUCAUUACUUGUCAGUCAUCUUCAUUGCCUUCUUGCUUUUAGGGUUUCUGUGGAUCCAGGCUUAGUGUUUACUGGUUCAGUGGCUCCUAAUAUUUAAUUCUCACAGUAAAAGUCAAUCCAUAUUAGAUUUGUUUUGUCUUGAAUUAUUAUACAUUCUGCAAAACAUGUGUCCCUGAUUUGCUCACCGUCUGUUUUUAUUAUUUUCCUAAAUCCAUGAACUUACUCAACAUUUCCGUAUCUCUUAAGUAUCUUCACUCCCAACAUAAGUGAACCACUCUUCUAGUAAACAGCCUAUUCGGUCUUGGAAAUGGCAAAGGGGGGGGGAGCUUGCCAUUCUGUUCCUAAUUAUAUGAACAACAAUCAAAUAAUCAGCCGAGGGGCGUGGUGGGGGCAAAGCUUUCCUAAUAUUUGGCUUUUGUUGGGAUGUUUUUAAUUAUCUUGCAAAUCUAUUUCUGUAAACUUGCUGCUAUCUAUAUUAAACAUAUAUCCUUUAAAUAGGA